AUGUCUGCCACCGGUCGAUCCCGCUCCGGCUCUCACGCUUCUGAGUCCAGAGCUCAAAACCCCUUCGGUCCGUCCAUGGGUUUCGACCCAGCCAAGCCCGAGAGCGGUCCCGAGAAGGACCGCCAGAAUACCCGCAUCGACCCGCCCCCUGAGUCUUUUCUCAACCCGGGCAUGUCUCCUUUCAUCAAGAGACCCGGCUUCAACACCGCCGGCAAGCCCGUGAACCUGGAGGUCAACCAGUUCCGCGUCAAGCAGUGGAAUGACAAUGUGACGAUCUACCAAUAUGAUGUCUCCAUCUCACCUCCCCCUCUGAAGUACAACGUCGUCUUCAGGAAGUGCUGGGAGUCUCCGGCGGUUCAGCAGAUGCUGAAGAAAUACAAGUGUCUUUGGCUGCAAGAUGGACGCAAGCUCGCUUGGUCCUCGGUCCCCAUCCAGCGUGGCGAGGAGCGUCUUAAAAUCGACCUCGACGAGGGCAAGCCCGCUCGCCCCAACUCUAAGCCCCGAGACAAUUCGUUCUUCUUCGUCAUGAAAGAAACAAAGAAGAUCAACCUGGCGGCUUUGGAUGCCUAUCUCACAGGCAAGAUGGACUGGGACAAUUCCGUUCUCGAAUGCCUCAACUUCUUGGAUCACCUGGUCCGGCAGUACCCCAGCGAGCGUCUCUUAUCUAUCAAGAGAAACUUCUACAAUGAGCGCAACAAGAAGACCAGUGACCUCGGUCCCUGCUUGGAGGCUGUGAAGGGUGUUUACUCUUCGGUUCGAAUGAACCAGUCUGUUAUGGACAAGAUUGGCCGCGGACUCGGUCUGAACGUCGAUGUUGCCAACACAGCAUUCUGGAAGGGGAACGUCCCGCUUCACAUGCUUGUUCGGGACUUUCUGGGCACUUGUGACCGCAGAUGGCAGGGUAUGAAGCCCAAUGAUAUCGCCGAUCUCCUCAAGCCGGUUCGACAGAAGGACCAGACCGGCCGUACCGUCUUCGCCAUGUCGGAGGCCUUCAAGCAUCUCCGCAAGCUGGUCAAGCUUCAUUUCUCCCCCAAGCAUCGUGGCAAGGAGAGUUGGGACAAGACGUACACCAUCAAGUCCUUCGCUUUCGGUCAGCAGUACGGUGAGAAGGGUGCCACCGCAGACAACAUUAGAUUCACCAACAAUGGCGAGGAGAUGACCAUUGCCCAGUACUUUCAAAAGACGUACGGUGUCCAGGUCAUGUUUCCCAAUUGGCCCGUCGUUGAGACUGCAAAGUCCGGCUUUUUCCCCAUGGAGGUUUGCAUCAUCAAGGCCAUGCAGCGCUACCUCUAUAAGCUUGAUCCCGAUCAGACUUCGGCCAUGAUCAAGGCCGCCGUCACUCGGCCCAACCAGCGCAAGGCUGAUAUCAUUGACGCGAAGAAUCAGUUGGCAUGGAAGGAGGACCCGUACCUUCGUCAGUACGGUGUUGUCUUCGAUGAUCAGAUGGCUCGGACACAGGGCUCCCUGCUUGAGCCUCCCAAGAUCCAGUUUGCAAACAAUGUCACGAGCCCCAUGUUCGCUGGCCGCUGGGACUUGCGCGGCAAGAAGUUCUGGGUCCCUAAUCGUCAACCUCUUCAAUCUUGGGGUCUUCUGAUUCUAGAGAAUGCAUGCAACAGGGCCACUGCCCAAGCUUUUGCGCAGACCUUCAAGCAGACAUACACUGGCCAUGGAGGCAAGGUGGCCAAAGACGCCAUCAUCAUCGACAGUGAAGCCCGGAAUCCCAAUGUUGCCGAUGCCGUCGCGAAGGCCUAUGCACAAAUCAAGGCCCAGACAAAGGCUAUCCCUCAGCUUCUCUUCUGCGUGUUGAGAUUCAACAACGCUGGCUCCUAUGAACGCAUCAAGAAGUCAGGCGACUGCCGCUUUGGUCUGCUGACUCAGUGCGUUCUUGCACGUCAUGUGGAAAAGAACCAGGGACAGUACCACUCUAAUGUGGCCAUGAAGGUCAACGCCAAGCUCGGGGGUAUUACCUGUCGUAUUCCCCACCCUUCCGGCCCUGCCACGAAGGCUCCUGCCUUCUUCAAAGAAGUCACCAUGAUGAUUGGCGUUGACGUGUCUCACGCCACGCCCGGUAUCGAUGCUCCUUCUACCGCCUCGAUGACCAUGUCUAUGGAUCAGGAUGCCACUUUCUACUCAGCAGCCGUUGAGACCAAUGGCUACCGCGUUGAAAUGCUGUCUCCAAUCAACGCCAAAAACUUCCUUGCCCGCCUGAUGCCCACCUGGCACAAGCGCAUGAACCACCCGGCGCCGCCGCCGCACAUCAUCUACCUCCGUGACGGUGUAUCCGAGGGGCAGUACGCCCAAGUCCUUGAGUAUGAGGUUGGGACGAUGAAGCGUCUGAUGGAGCAAAAGUACCAGGGACAGAAGCAGCCCAAGUGGACUGUCAUUGUGGCUACCAAGCGUCACCAUGUUCGCUUCUUCCCCCAACAGGGCGACAAGAAUGGCAACCCAUUGCCCGGUACUCUCCUGGAGCGGGAGGUCUGUCACCCGUUCUGGUGGGACUUCUACCUCUGCUCCCACGUCGCCAUUCAGGGCACUGCUCGCCCUGUUCACUACACUGUUCUGAUUGACGAGGCCAAUAUGAAGCCCAACGACCUUCAGCGCAUGCUCUACGGUCAGUGCUACUCGUACGCCCGCUCAACGACUCCAGUCUCGCUCCAUCCCGCCAUCUACUACGCGGAUCUUGCUUGUGGUCGCGCUCGUGCGCACGAGAACAUUGCUACGUCUCAAGGCUUCCGUUCUGGCCCCAAGGCUGCAGAAAUGGUCGAGGAGUACGGUGCUCGCGGCCAGUCCAUGUUCGAGAAUGACCGACCGACCGAGGCUAUGCAGCUCUUGCCUUUGGGCGGUGGCGGCCCUGAUUCCGAUCCUCAGGCGACCGAGAUGUUCAAGGGCACUAUGUGGUACAUCUAA